AUGGCUUCAAAACAACUCGCAAGCUUUCGACUUACUCCGCAUCGCAAGCUUCUGCCGACUCGUCUAAGUCAAUACCCCACGGUUUCGUCGCCUUCCUCCACUAUCAACGCCAGUCGCGCACUCCACUCCGGUGUCAAAAGAGCGCGGCUCUCUUCUUCUGCUACAUCGAAAAGGACUUUGAUGUCGGCUUCUGUGUUUUCAUUUUUCGGCUCUCUAUUCGGCUCCAGCGCGCGUGCAGAAAAUAACCACUCCAACAUGACUUAUCCUGACCAGCGGACGGAUGACGAGUGGCGAGCAGUCCUCAGUCCAGAGCAAUUCCGAGUCAUCCGCAACAAGGGCACUGAACCAGCCUUUACAGGUUCCUACGACAAGCACUACCCCUCGUCAGGAGUAUACAACUGCGCCGCAUGCGACGCCCCCCUCUACAAAGCCGACACCAAAUUCAAGUCUGGCUGCGGCUGGCCGGCAUACUUUGACUCUCUCCCAGGCGCCGUAACGCGACAUGUGGACAACACAUUUGGCAUGGAGCGUAUUGAGAUUUUUCACUUCCUGCUAGCUAACUACCUAGAUCCACGAUGGGCGUCAUGGAACCUCGGUAUUUUCAUCUGCAUUCGCUGCUCAGGCAUCCACAGAGGCAUGGGCACCCAUAUCAGCCGAGUCAAGUCUGUUGACCUCGAUGCCUGGACCGACGAACAACUACAAAGUGUCUUGAAGUGGGGCAAUUCUCGUGCCAAUAAGUAUUGGGAGGCUAAGUUGGCGCCAAACCAUGUCCCCUCGGAAUCCAAAAUCGAGAAUUUUAUUCGCACCAAGUAUGAAUCGAAGCGAUGGGUGAUGGACGGUCCGAUGCCCGACCCCUCCACACUAGGGAAUGAUGACGAUGUUCCACUUGCAGUCGUCCAAGAGAGAGCGAAGAUCGAGCGCUCGGCAUCGCAGCGGACAUCUGUCUCGAGCCAACCACCCGCCCGCCGACAACCACAACCGUCCAUUGAUUUAUUCGGGGACGACGAUCCUAUUAGCCCUCCUGCUCGCCCUAGCACAACGGGCCCGACCGCUGUUGCUCGUCCUCCUCCUCCCCCGAACUCUGCACAACCCGCUGCUCCGAAACAAACAAAACCAGCCGAUUCAUUGCUAGGCCUGGAUUUCUUUGGCAAUAGUCAGUCUACCCCGGUUAGUCGUCCUGGCAGCACGGCACCUACGUCUACCUCACAAACCGGACUAUCGCGACCUGACUUAAAGCAAUCUAUUCUGUCACUAUACGCCACUGCUCCGAAGCCACAACCGGCACCCGCGCAACAUGAACGGACGUCCUCUAUUGGAAGUACUGCCGGCCAGUCCAAUGUGAACAGUCUGACAGAUGCCUUUAGUGGAUUGAGUUUUCCCUCGAACCCUACUUCUCCACCGUUGCAAAAGCCACAGUCACCAUUAUCCAAUGAUGUUUUUGCAGGCCUCACUGGCCUCGGCGGUUCGAAAUCACCACCGGCACCACCCAAAUCAACUUCGCCUGGAUCCAUAGGCGGGGGAGACUUAUUUGCCAGUAUAACAUCGAGCAAUCAGCCUACGAAGCCUGCGACCUCUUCGCAUGGACUCGAUUUUGGGUUCACUAAUAAUUUCACAUCGCCGGUGUCGCAACCACCAAAGCCAGCGCCAGCACCAGCACCAGCGCCAAGUGUUUCUCUCGAUUUAUUCGAUCUCGGAGCCCCAGCUUCAGCGUCAACCCUGGCACCAUCACAACCCACGUCACCUCCAAGUUAUCAACCCUCGAUGACUUCGUCAGUCUUCAACCUCUCGUCCAACACUGCCCAACACCAACCCACACAGAAAGCCGCCGCAACCACCUCUACAUCAAAUGUAACUAGCAUGCUCUCCUCAGCCAGCAUUGACCCCUGGGGUGGCAAUGCAUGGAGCACUCCCGACCCAGCACCUCCCGCGUCUUCCGCAGCAGCAACAGUAUCAUCAACAACACAAUCUUCGUCAACCAACGCCUUCGCCGACGCAAUGAGGAUGCCAGAUACAUUGACUUCCAAGGAUAUCGGAGCCGGCUGGGGUGCACCCACCAGCCCAAUUGCUACAUCUACCACUACCACCGCAACAUCUACAGCACCUGCACCAGCUGUUGCCCCCGAAGAUGAUUUUGGAGGAUGGACCAGCGCAGCGCCUGUUUCGGCGACUACUACUGCUGCUGCUGGUACGACUAAUAAUAAAUCAGCAACCGGCGGCUUUGGGGCUAGUGAUGACCUGUUUUCUAAUGUAUGGGAGUAG